AUGCUGCCCCCCAUGGCCCUCACCAGCGUGUCCUGGGUUUUGCUCUCCUGCCUGAUGCUUCUCUCUCAGGUCCAAGGUAAAGACGCCCAGAAGGAACUGCCCUCUGCACAGAUCAGCUGUCCCAAAGGCUCCAAGGCCUACGCUUCCCACUGCUAUGCCUUGUUCACGACACCAAAAUCUUGGGUGGAUGCAGAUCUUGCUUGCCAGAAGCGGCCCUCAGGACACCUCGUGUCUGUGCUCAGUGGGGCUGAGGCAUCCUUCGUGUCCGCCCUGGUCAAGAACACUGUGAACACCUACUCCUAUAUCUGGAUUGGGCUCCAUGACCCCACGCAGGGCAACGAGCCUGAUGGAGGCGGGUGGGAGUGGAGUAGCACUGAUGUGCUGAAUUACUUUGCCUGGGAGAGAAAUCCCUCCACUGUCACAAACCCCAGCCACUGUGGCAGCCUUUCGAGAAGCUCAGGAUUUUUGAAGUGGAAAGAUUAUAACUGUGAUGUGAGUUUACCCUAUGUGUGCAAGUUCAAGGACUAG